ACUUUGUUGAUCCGUUACGAAUCUCAUUGCAACACAGUGAGAUUCACUGGAAUAGGUGCUCUGUUAUAUCUCGAUAAUGCAUUUUGGAUCCUCGUUGAUUUUUGAUGAGCACCCACUUCUCUACACGCAAAACACUUGCAUCGUGCACCCAUUUCACCACACGUUCCUACACCUCUUCUUCCCCUGUUCUCGACACAUCUCUCUCUCUCCUCCACCUCUCCAUAUCCCGCCACUCUCUCUCUCUCACCAAACAAUCCCACGCCCGCCUCCACCGCCUCGGCCUCGACCAACACCCCGUCGUUGCAACCAAACUCAUCUCCGCGUACUCUCUGUGUCAAAACCCUGUCGACGCGCGACUCAUUUUCGACUCGUUUCGAUACAAGAACGUGUACAUAUGGAACACAAUGGUUAAUGGGUACGCGAAGAAUUACUUGUUCGAUGAAAGUUUUGACCUGUUCAGUCAAAUGUGUUUAAGUGAGGAUUUUUCGCCUGAUGGUUUCACGCUUUCGACUCUUUCGAAAGCGUGUGGUGAUAUAGGGGACUUGCGUGCAGGGGCAGCCAUUCAUGGCAAGUGUAUACGUAUUGGGUUUUUAACGGAUAUAGUAGUUGGUAAUUCUAUAGUGUAUGUGUAUUGUAAAUGUGGGAAGUUUAUCGACUCGCGCAAGGUGUUCGAUGAAAUGCCGCAGAGGAAUGUCUCUUCUUGGAAUUCCCUGAUAGCAGGUUUAGUGAAUUCCAGGGAGGUUAAUGUUGAUAGUUGCGUAUGGGAAUUUGUUAGAAGUAUGCGAAUUGAUGGGUUGGAACCCGAUGCGUUUACUGUUUCUAGUCUGCUUCCUUUGUGUGGGGGAGAUGCUGAGAGAUGGAGUUAUGGAAAAGAGCUUCAUUGUUACAUUGUGAAGAAUGAAUUGAAUGUGGGUUUGGGUUCUGAUGUUCAUUUGGGAUGUUGCUUGAUUGACAUGUAUUCUAGAAGUAAUAAAGUCAAUGUGGCUAGGCGGCUUUUUGACCGCAUGGAGUCUAGAAACGUUUUUGUGUGGACAGCGUUGAUAAAUGGUUAUGUACAGAAUGGAGCAUCAGAUGAAGCAAUGGUUUUGUUCCGCGAAAUGCAAGUGAAACAAGGAGUAGAACCAAACAAGGUCUCUCUUGUAAGCGUUCUCCCUGCUUGCAGCUCAGUUGCUGGCUUUACGGCUGGGAAACAGAUCCAUGGAUUCACCAUGAGAAAGGAAUUGAAUUUUGAAACUUCUUUAUGCAAUGCUCUCAUUGAUAUGUAUUCCAAGUGUGGGAGCUUGAAUUUGGCAAGGAGAGUCUUCAAUGAUCAUUCUUUUGUUAAAGAUGCAAUAUCUUGGAGUACGAUGAUCUCUGGAUACGGAUUGCAUGGGAAUGGUCGAGAAGCCAUUUGUUUGUUUGAGGACAUGCUUCAGCUUGGGAUUAAACCAGACAUGAUUACGAUAGUUGGGGUGCUUUCUGCUUGUGGUAGGUCAGGAUUGGUUAAUGAAGGUCUUACUAUUUAUAACUCUGUUGUAAACGACUAUGGGAUUAAACCAACGCUCGAGAUAUGUGCUUGCAUGGUUAAUAUGUUGGGUCGAUCAGGCCAGCUGAAGCAAGCAUUGGAAUUCAUCAAAACAAUGCCAGUGGAGCCCGGUCCUAGUGUCUGGGGAGCUCUUCUUAGUGCAUCUCUACUUCAUGGGAAUUCUGAGAUGCAAGAUUUGGCUCAUAACUUCCUUAUUCAUAUAGAACCUGAGAACCCCUCUAAUUUUGUCUCAAUUUCAAACUUAUAUGCUUCUUCCCAGAAGUGGGACAUUGUGGCGGAAGUGAGAUCAGCGAUGAAAGAAAAACGACUUAGGAAGUUGCCUGGUUGCAGUUGGAUAACCCUUAAUAGCAAAACUCACAGUUUCUACGUUGCUGACAAAGCCCAUUCUUGCUCUGAUAUGAUUUAUGAAAUGCUGGAGGAACUCCUUUUAGUGAUGAAGGGAGAUUUCGAUUAUCCUGAUACGGAAUAUUUGACGUAGAUGUUACAGGGAUAAACAGGCUAUUUGGCACAAUCAGGAACAGUGAACCCUUAUGUGCCUAUUCCCAAGUUCUCAAACAGUUAAAUUAUCGAAAUAUAAUUUGCGUCUAACCGCAUAUUAUCUUCCAAUGGAUGUUGUCUCGCUGGCUUCUCAAUGAAUUAGAAACAACAGAUUUAGGAUU